CGUGCCCGCGCAGCUCUCACCGCGGUCCCCUUAUUUGGAUCUGCGGGAAUGUGGGCUGGAGAGGUCCUGCAGCGGUACCAGCCUCCAGCCUGUCGCCGGGACUGUCCCUGACCCAGGCACACCCGCUGCUCGGUGGCAGGAGGGCCGGCGGAGCGUCAUGGCCUGCAUCCUGAAGAGAAAGUCCGUGAUUGCAGUGAGCUUCAUAGCAGCAUUUCUCUUCCUGCUGGUUGUGCGCCUUGUAAAUGAAGUGAAUUUUCCACUGCUACUAAACUGCUUUGGACAACCUGGUGCAAAAUGGAUACCAUUCUCCUACACAUACAGGCGGCCCCUUCGAACUCACUAUGGAUAUAUAAAUGUGAGGACGCAAGAGCCUUUGCAACUCGACUGUGACCUUUGUGCCAUAGUGUCAAACUCAGGUCAGAUGGCUGGCCAGAAGGUUGGGAAUGAGAUAGAUCAGUCCUCCUGCAUUUGGAGAAUGAACAAUGCCCCCACCAAGGGAUACGAAGAAGAUGUUGGCCGCAUGACAAUGAUUCGAGUUGUGUCCCAUACCAGCGUUCCUCUUUUGCUAAAAAACCCUGAUUAUUUUUUCAAGGAGGCAAACACUACUAUUUAUGUUAUUUGGGGCCCUUUCCGCAAUAUGAGGAAAGAUGGCAAUGGCAUCGUUUACAACAUGUUGAAAAAGACUGUUGACAUCUAUCCGAAUGCCCAAAUUUAUGUCACCACAGAGAAGCGCAUGAGUUACUGUGAUGGAGUUUUUAAGAAGGAAACCGGGAAAGACAGAGUCCAGUCUGGCUCUUAUCUCAGCACUGGGUGGUUUACCUUCAUUCUGGCCAUGGAUGCCUGUUAUGGCAUUCACGUCUACGGGAUGAUAAAUGACACCUACUGCAAGACAGAAGGGUAUAGAAAAGUCCCCUACCAUUACUAUGAACAAGGAAGAGAUGAGUGUGAUGAAUAUUUUCUUCAUGAACAUGCCCCAUAUGGAGGGCAUAGGUUUAUCACAGAAAAGAAAGUGUUUGCUAAAUGGGCCAAGAAACACAGGAUAAUAUUUACUCACCCAAACUGGACAGUGUCUUGAUAUUGGUUUUUCUGAUCUUGCCACACCACUUGACAUGAUCACGAUACUGCAACUGUGAUGCUAAUGAUACUAUGAUGAUGAUGGUGAUGAUAAAGACAACAACGAUGAUCAAGUUCCUGUACAUCCUCAGAUAUGAAUGGUGACUCUGCCAGUAAUUUGAACUUGGGAUUCCAUGGAGGGUGGUUGUGUUCAUUAUGUUCUUCCCGAAGGUUCAACAUUACAUAUUGCACUUUAUAAUUUAACUGGAAUUGCAAUGAAGGCCAGUAACAUGACAGCAGUGACCUAAGAAAUGAGAAGAUUAUUCUUUAAGAGAGCUGCCCAGAAUUCUUGAAUAGUGAGUAAUUUCCAAAAGCCAUGGGAUUUUGCCUCAUGAGGCAAGAUUCUAAGUCAAUACUGUAUGGUCUCUUGAAACUGAGCAGCUCUGCCAUCUUAAAGAAUGUUUGGUUACCUAAGAAACACUCUCUGGGUACAAGUAUUUUACCAUGGUUACUAGUUAGCCUGAGGGCAAGGAAGGAAUCUCUUCCUGACUUAUCAUCUUCCUAGAGUGCUUCCUACAGCUAAAGACUCAAGCCAUUUCCUAAUUAACAAUUAAGAUAUCAAGGACAUCUUACCUACAGGAUAAGUUGAUUAUCUCAAACGCUUAAUUUAAAAUGGGCCAAGUAGCAAAUCUUGAUGAAUUUUCAUUCUCAACACUCCAUUCUCACUGAACAAUAUAACUAAACAUGUUAUUAGAAUGACCUGUUAAUGUUUAGUUAUUUUUGGUUGAGUCUUAACUAUUUCAGAAGAUCACUUAACAUGUAAUAUUUCAACACUGUAAUAACAUAUACUGUGAAAACAUUUCUUAACAUAACCAAAAGGGUUUACCAGCUUUGCUUCAAUAUCCAACAACACAAAAUUGUAUGCUUUUUUAAACUCAUGAAACAGGGAAAGCAAAGCAUAUUUUUGCAUCAAUUUGUAUCCUACCAUACUUCACAAUAUAUAUUUGUAUAUUCAAAUUUCUACUUUAUAGGCCCAAGGUGUGUCUCUCCACACAUAACGUUAUCAUUGCCAAGUGCCAACUGUUAGACGUGGAGAGGAAAUGAUUCCUUAUAUUAAAUCUGACCAGAACUUUGCCUUCAUGGGGUUUAUGUUCCCCAUUGUGUAUCAGUUGUUAUACCACAAUAACAACAAUAAUAAUGACCUUAAUGUCCGAAGUGCUCUGUCAUUUAGAGUCCUUUCAUAUAUGCUGUCCCUUGAGAUACCCAUGACCACCUAACUUGUUUAUUGCCUACAUAUUCUGACAUCUUUUCAGCAGACGAUCUAUAAUUUGUUGACUGCUCUGACAUAUUGUUCCCCCUUGCUAAUAUUUUUUAUAGAAUAGCAUUUAUAGAGACUAGUAACCAAUUGAUUUCAAUGCCAAAUACAAUAUAUUGUAUCAGAAUUAUGUAAAAAGUAUCACAAGGAUGGUCUUGGUCAUAGACUAAGAACAUAGUAAUUUUUUUGUUGUUUGUUUAAUGACUCUGUUUAGAUGAGGAAAAGAUGAGGAAGCAGGGACAACAGGAGAAAAUGAGAGCAGAGAAAUACAGUUUUUUGUCCCAGUCUUGAGAUGAUUGUUUUUCAUAUAUUUAUUGCUCAUUAAAUAUUAAAGAGUUGAUUUGCUGAGAGACCAAAAACAUCCUUGCAAAUGAUUCAAAAGACAAAAGCCAGGCUUAAUUUACAGAAUGUUUUGGAGGCCAGAAGUAAUGACGCAUGUCACCUCAGGAGCACUUGGCAGGUCUUUACUAGUGCUAAGUCCCAUGAUUAGUUAUCAUUAAAAUGGGCCAUCUUGGGCAAAAGCCUGUUUCCAGCUCUCUUCUGCCAUUUUGAUACUCCAGUACUCAGAUCCAUAAAAAAUGACCAAGUGCCACUUCCAUUGUUGAAACUGUUAUUGUUGUAAUUCUUUUGUUGUUUCCUUAUGUGAUUUUUAGUUCUAUGUGUAACUUGUUUUGAGCUAAGGAUGGAUAGAAAUGCCCACUAUAAGAAAAAUAAACAGGUACAAAUGUUAAAAUUGUAAUACAGACUGCCCCCACCAUUGUGAUACAAAAGUUCCAUUUUUAAAUAAAAAGGAAACCACCGAUUAUCAGAA